GCAGCUGGUCUAACAGUUGUUGCAGACAAGCUCAACUUCUUUCGCUAUAUUUCUCAUUUCCGCUGCAUCCACAGAGGUGCGUUCUUUGCUCAGAUGAGAACAACUGCAGUCAGGAAACUGCUACCUGAGGCCUGGGGUUUCCUGUGCCCAGUUCACACACCAGAUGGAGCGCCGUGUGGUCUGAUGAAUCACAUGACUGCCACAUGUCAGGUUGUUACCAAAGUGUUCUCUACUGUUGGACUUCCAAAACUGCUAUGUUCCCUGGGCAUGACCCCCAUUGAUGGCCCCGCCCCUGGCAACAUGGCAGACUGUUACCGAGUGAUGCUAGAUGGCCGUAUCCUUGGCUGGAUACAUGCUAAUGCUGCACAGGAUGUGGCCGUGAAACUCAGGAUGAUGAAAGUGAAGGGAAUUAACAAGGUCCCUCCUGUCCUAGAAAUCUGCCUGAUUCCCAAGACCCCUCACGCCAGCCAGUACCCAGGCCUCUAUUUAUUCUCCACCCCUGCCAGGAUGGUGCGCCCUGUGAAGAACCUGGCCCUGGACGCUAUAGAGCUGAUAGGAACGUUUGAGCAAGUUUACCUCAAUAUUUGUAUUGUUGCGGAGGAGGCACAUGAAGGGUUGACGACCCACCAGGAAUUGUCAGAGUGUAGUUUCCUGAGCGUGAUUGCCAGCCUUACACCAUACUCAGACUGUAACCAGAGUCCCAGGAACAUCUACCAGUGUCAGAUGGGUAAACAGACCAUGGCAACACCAUGCCACGCCCUUCAGCAUCGGUCAGAUAACAAACUAUACCGUCUGCAGACUGUCCAAAGUCCUAUCGUUCGUAAUAAGAUGUAUGACUAUUAUGGGAUGGAUAACUAUCCAAUGGGGACCAAUGCAAUUGUUGCUGUGAUAUCAUAUACAAGAAAUCCCAUCAUUGGAGACAAGUUUGCUAGUCGUCAUGGUCAGAAGGGAAUUUGCAGCCAGAAGUGGCCCAAUGAAAACAUGCCGUUCUCGGAGAGUGGGAUGACGCCCGACAUCCUGUUUAACCCCCAUGGAUUUCCCUCUCGUAUGACAAUAGGUAUGAUGAUAGAGAGUAUGGCAGGGAAAUCGGGAGCUCUCCAUGGAUUGUGUCACGAUUCCACGCCAUUUUGUUUUUCUGAAGAGAAUCCAGCUAUAGAUUACUUUGGAAGAGCUUUAACAGCAGCUGGGUACAACUACUUCGGGACAGAGAGGAUGUACAGCGGCAUAGAUGGCAGGGAGUUCGAGGCAGACAUCUUCUUUGGCAUCGUGUAUUAUCAAAGGCUGCGUCACAUGGUGUCAGACAAGUUCCAGGUGAGAUCGACAGGGCCUAUAGACCAGCUGACACAUCAGCCUGUGAAGGGAAGAAAGAAGGGAGGUGGGGUGAGGUUUGGAGAGAUGGAGAGGGACGCCAUCCUGUCAUUGGGGACUGCUUUCAUUCUUCAGGACAGGCUGGUCAACUGCUCGGACAAGACCAUGGCACGAGUGUGCACGAAAUGUGGCAGCCUGCUUUCAGCUCAGAUGGAGAAGCCACCCUCCGCUCUGGCAGCUGCUUCCUUCGAAGCUGCCCGCCACUGGGUGUGCAAAAUAUGUGGUAGAAAAGACUCAGUUGUGGAAAUCUCCAUCCCAUUUGUGUUCAAGUAUUUAGUUGCGGAACUGGCAGCCAUGAACAUUAAGCUGACAUUAGAUGUUAAACCAGUAUGAACUGUGAUGGUAUAUCAAAUCAUAUUCAUGAAAUAAAAAUAUUUGUAUUUUUGGGUGCAUAUGCUUCGAUCAGGCAUAUGGCCAACAAUUUGAAAGAUGGGUUUCUUGUUUGAAGAAGUGUCUUUUUGACCACUUAUUUGAGACAACGUAUGAGAUAUACCAUCAAACCAAAAUGCAAUUUACAUCAGAAUGGAUCUUUUUUGGCCAAAAGGGCAUUUCUCUCCUGACUUGAAAUGAUUGCCCCACUGUUGUAGGGGUGGUUUAGGACAGACAAGGGCCCCGUAUCUUGAAAGCUUCGCUAUGUUGCGACUGUGCGCAAGAGUCUCGAUUCAAUAACUCGCCCAUACUCGUCCCAUAUAAAUCAUUGUAGCCUCUAUUUGAUAUAGCGAUUCGCAAUAUGCGAUGCUUGUUAUGUGUGGAACUGUUCUAGCUGCCAUCUGCUAGUAAAGUAAUUGUUGAUCCAUGGUAUGGAGUGUGGAGGGGAUGUGUGCAUGCCUGACCAUUCCUAACUCACAGAGACUAGAAUCCUCAAAAGAGGAAAUAAAAUUUAUUUCAAAAUAUAUUGUAUAAUUUGUUAUCUUUAUUGUUAAAAUAAAUUUUG